AGCUUUGUGCCUUUAAAAUCGGAUACCAUUAUUGCUGAACCUGAAGCCGAAGAAAGUUUGGGUCCUCUAGAACCGCCGUAUCCAUCUCCUGCUUUCAAAAGAAAUUAUACAACACUAUUAGUCCAAGGUCAUGAAAUUUGGAAUGACUGGAUGGAUCCAUUUAAUUUGUAUCCACAAUUACCGUUUGACACUGUUCUUCCCAGCGAUGCUAAAUUUCUUGGCUCGGAAGUUGGCUUUCGACCUAUCGGUAAAGGUGCUGGAGGCGCUGGAAAAGAGUUUAGUGAGUCAUUAGGAGGAAACUAUCCAAGAGAACAAUUUACAAUUGUCAUGUUAACUUAUGAAAGAGAACAAGUUCUUAUAAAUUCACUGGCACGUCUCUAUGGCUUGCCUUACCUGAACAAGGUACUCGUAGUUUGGAAUAGUCCGAAACCACCUGUAGAAGAUCUGAAGUGGCCUGAUAUCGGCGUUCCUAUACAUGUUAUAAAAGCUCCAAGAAAUAGUUUGAAUAAUAGAUUCCUUCCAUUUGAUGCAAUUGAGACAGAAGCCGUCCUUUCUAUCGAUGAUGAUGCUCAUUUGAGACAUGAUGAAAUCAUGUUCGGUUUCAG